CAAAUCCCUAGAAACUAUCUUAAGUUUAUUCAGUUUCUGUCUGUUUCAUUUUUUUUCUUUUCUUGCAUUCCUUUCACAGCUAUCUGUGUAGAUAGAUGCAAAUAUGGUGAAUGUGUGUUGCCAGAUACAUGUAAAUGUUACCCUGGAUACACAGGGAAAACCUGCAACCAAGAUAUUGAUGAAUGUGCCACUGGCAGAGCAGUUUGCUCUUUCAAUCGAAGAUGUAUCAACACAUUUGGAAGUUUUUAUUGCAAAUGCCAGAUUGGAUAUAAACUGAAACACCUGAAUGGCAGAUAUGACUGUAUAGUUGCUCAUGAAAAUUCUGUGAAAGCAAUUCACAGAAUGCCUGGCAUUAUCAAAGAGAAAUGGAAGAAACUGCUUCUUCCCAAGAAAAAUGCAAAAAAGCAUGAUGACAUAAAAAAUACAAUCCCAGCAUCUAAAGCUCAUGUGAGUCCUUUAGACUAUGAAGAUGACUUGUAUUUGGAAGGUGCCUUCAGUAAAUGGGGGGAAAGCACUGAAGACAUCAGAAAAGACAGAAAAACAAUAGAACAAGAAAGUAUUGAAGAAGAAGGAGAAAUUGAACAUCUCAAAAACCAGACUGUCCAUGAAAAGAAACUCAGGGGAGAUGUAUUUUGUUGCAUGCAUCCUCUACCCCCCAUCCACCUCCAUUGCCAGUUUGUGGAACCAGAAAUGUUGGGGACCAUUGCUGUAGAGCAUUUCUUAUAUCCUGAGAUUAUAGCUAUAAUAGCCAUUAGGGCUAGACAACAGCAGGCAGAGCUGGCCCAGCAGGAAUGGCUUCAAAUGCAACAGGCUGCGCAACAGGCCCAGCUUGCCGCUGCCUCUGCCAGUGCAAUCAACCAGGCCGGAUCUUCUCAAGAUGAAGAUGACGAAGAUGACAUAUGA